CAAGAAUUAAAUUUAGCCCGGCACUAAUGUGUUAACCUAUAUAAGUAUAGUAUGGGGGCUUCGCUAUUGAUCCUUAUCUCUUUGUAUAUUAAGCAGAAAAUUGCCAAAGCUCUAAUUCCAACAUGUAGGCUCUCAAUAUUGGGCCAGUCUCAAUAUCGUACUCGCUUUGAUAUUGUAAGCUCUCAAUGUCGGGUCAGUCUCAGUAUCGUACCCGUUUCAACAUCGUACCCGAACCCUUUGCAGCUACCGGCUUGUCCCAUACCCUGUGGUCUGCUGCCCCGCGUGAGAAGAUAUGCCAUAUGGGCUGCCACGACUUUCUAUCCUAUGUAGUCUAUUAACCCCCUGUGGGAUGACAUCCCCUAUAUGGCAGCCAUGAUUUAUCCAUCCCUUGCGGGCUGCUGACCCCUGUGGGAUGACAUCCCAUAGGGAUGCCACAGUUUGUCCAUCCCCUGCUGCUGCUGUAUGAUCAGUCUUAUCAGCCAUCGUGCUUCCUCUGGGAUUGU